CACUUUAAAUAUACUUGCGGGAGCGCAUUUCAAUAUAUAUGUGAGACAUAUGUAGAGUUUAAUGGUCCAGUCAUCUUCUUACGUGUUUCUUACCUCUCCAUGACGCGGACUGGUGUUUGACAGGACCUGUUCUAAACGAGUGCGCGCGCGUAUAGUUUUCAUUAAUUGCACUUGGACUGCUGACUAACGUGUUAAUUUCAUGGAAAAUAUCGCGCUUACGACGUUUCGAGAUUGCAGUACACCGGACAAAGCUGCAUUCGAGGAUCUCGAGGAAUCUAGAGUACAAAAUGAAGCCUUUGAUCGAAUUCGAAGAAUGUUUACGAGAUACUCCGAAAUUUCGAUCUUGCAUCGAAGAGGUGGAGAAGAAUAUAGAUCAACUUGAACAAAAAUUAGAUAAGGUGUUGAAGAAUUGUAGCCUAACCAUCGACACCGGAAAAGCCUUUGUUGGACAGCAAAAUCAGUUUGCCAAUAGUCUAUGGGAGGUGUCUAUGUACUUUAGCGAUGAUCCGGAGAUAAUGGCAUUCCUAAAUAAACUUAUUCAUGCUUUGCAAGAAAUGAACAAAUAUCAUACUAUUUUGUUAGACCAAGCUUCCAGAACUGUGAUGAAAGAUCUUAAUAAUUUUAUUAAAAAUGACAUCAAGAGAGUAAAAGAGUCUCGGCAUUACUUUGAGAGAAUUUCGGGUGAUCUCGACAUUGCGUUAAAUAGAAACUCUCAAGUACCGAAAUCUCGGCCUGCGGAAUACGAAGAAGCAUCAAAUAUUCUGUCGGCCACUCGAUCGUGUUUUCGACACACAGCAUUAGACUACAUUCAUGCACUGACGAUGUUGCAAGCGCGCAAGCGACACGAAAUAUUAGGCACGUUGCUGAGUUACAUGCAUGCAUGUAUCACUUAUUAUCACCAAGGUAGCGAUCUCGCUCAGGAUCUCGAUCCAUUUCUGAAGGAUCUCGAUGAUAAUUUAGUCAAAAUGAGAAAUGACUCGAACAAGCUUGAGAAGGAAAUGGAAAAUCGGCAUAUUUACGUUAAUAAUAGAGAUCUGAUUCCCUCUCCGAUACCUGGCAAUCCCAAGAUGGAAGGAUACUUAUUUAAAAGGACUAGUAAUGCUUUCAAAACAUGGAAUAGGAGAUGGUUUUGCUUGAAGGACCAUCAAUUGGUAUAUCGAAAACGAACAGGUGAUGAAGAUUAUACAAUUAUGGAAGAAGAUUUGCGAUUAUGCACUGUAAAACCUGUCGUUGAUUGUGAUAGGAGGAACUGCUUUGAAGUUUUAAGUCCGACAAAGAGCCAUAUAUUGCAAGCAGACAGUGAAGAAACAUAUUUGGCUUGGGUGACUGCAAUGCAACAAGCUAUUGGUGCUGCCAUUCAGAGAGGUAUGAGUAUAGGUGCUAGCAUUAAUUCACAUGAAUCGCAAUCGCGCGAUAACAAGGGUUUCGUGAGACGACUAACAAAACCGAAGUCGAGAGUGUGGGAACAAUUAUUAAAGAUCUCAGGUAAUGAAGUUUGUUGUGAUUGUGGUGAUGUUAAUCCAAGAUGGGCCAGUAUCAAUCUAGGCAUUACACUUUGCAUAGAAUGUUCUGGUGUACAUAGAAGUCUUGGAGUACACUAUAGCAAAGUUCGUUCCUUGACUUUAGAUGAUUGGGAACCAGAAAUAUUAAAAGUAAUGGCGGAAUUGGGUAAUUCUGUUGUAAACAGUAUAUAUGAGGCUCUACCUAUACCUCCCGACAUUACUAAAGCUACACCAAAAUGCAAUAGUAAUGUUCGGGAAACUUGGAUAAAAUUGAAGUACGUAGAUCGUAAAUUUGUGAAAUCUUUAAAUGACGUGAUACCAACCGGGCAUCAUGCCAGUCGAGAGCAAACGCAUUUUCGAAAAUGGAGCGUACGUAAGUUACGUCGUAGACCGCGCAGUUGCGAUAAGAUCGACAAUAGUAAUCGCAAUAAAACGGUGUUGUUAUCCGUAAAAGAAGGCCAUCAUUCAACGAGUUCAGAUGAUAGCAAGCACACAUCGAUCGAUAGUUUGAAUUCCGUUGGGAAAGCGAGAAAGACGGAACGGAAUUCAGUAAGCUCGGAUGAUAGCGCUACCAUAGAUUUAAAAAAUAACUCCACUCUGUAUGGAAAGAUCUUGAAUCGUUCGCAAAACGAAUUGAACGAUGGUAAUAAACAUGUUAAGAAUACUGCAACUUGUGGGGAAGCUGCGAGCAGUGAACUGAUGCGAGAUACUAAUCUGGUAGAAAGCGAACGGAAAGUAAAUGUAUCGACAGCGGAUACUACUAGUACGCUUUCAGUCGGCGAAUCAGACGACAAUUCCAGUAGACACAUCGAUGAGACCAAAGAUGAUAAUUCGGAAAAUACAGAGCUUAAAUUGGAGAAGCAUUGCAAUGAAAAAACAGAAUCGGAUAUAUUAAUGUUUGGUUGCGACGUACCAAAACCGAUUAUGGACGGUAAUUUAGAAUUGAGCUCUGAUCAAGAUUCAACGGCUGGUGAGGACGAAGAAUUUACCGACGAAGAGGAUAUCGAGAAUCUGCAUCCCAAUCUAUUGCUAUACAAAGCUGCGCUGGCACACAAUUUGCCCGUAAUGUGUGCAGCAUUGGCGAUCGGCGCUGAUAAAUUAUGGUCCAAUGUUAAUGAUAAAGGCCGUAAUGCGUUGCAUCAAGCGAUAAUAAGUGGCUCUGUCAUGUCGUGUGAAUAUCUCCUUCUGAAUGGUGCAAGAAUCAAUUGUCAAGAUGCCGAGGGAAAAACACCAUUGCAUUUAGCAACGGAAUUAGGACAUACUGCACAAGUGUGCUUACUUCUGAAACAUCGCGCCGAUCAACACAUCAAAGAUGAAAGUGGGAUAAAACCUUUGUCGAUCGCUGUAAAAGAAGCGAAUGCUGAUAUCGUCACCUUAUUACGACUUGGCCUGCUAAAUGAAGAAAUGAAAGAUUCUGAGAUAGGCGUUACCGGUGAUGAAACAUUCAAUGAUGUCGUUCGCGAUUUCAGUCAGUUGGCUUGCUCGCAUCCAGAACGAUUACAACGUCGAAAUGAUACCACGAAUCUGCCACAUAUGUCUGAAUGAGGUUUUACACAUUCUCGUAUAAUUAUUCAUAAAGAUUUAUGCGCGAACAAAUAAUAUCUUAUAUAUUAAAAUGGCAAAGUUCAAAUUGUUGCAAAGUAUUGAUUAAUCAUCAUUGAACUAUGAAUGGAAACAGAUAUUUAGAAUCGUUUCGUAUAAAAACAUUAUGAAGUAUGAAUUCUUUUUACUCAAUAUAAAAAACUUUAAUUAAUUAUCUUAACAUUUAAAA